UCAGUGAAUGUUAGGAGAACUCACGGAUGUGCUCAAUGAAGGAUGUGCAAGACAAGUAGUGAGAAGAGGAAGAAAUGAGUUUUUUCUUAUAAACACUACUCAAUGGACUGUUGAUCUACUAACAUUAUUCAACAAUGGUGGACACUUAUCUCACGUUUGAGCCUUCAUUCUGGGAGCUGCAGGAUAACACACUUCUGGAAACUGAUCAUCCCAUCUUCUUGCUUGGCAAAAAGUUCGAUAAGGAGGCAGGUAUAGACCCCAUCAAGAAAUAUGUUACUUCACGGCUUUGGUUCACUUAUAGAAGAAAUUUUGCGCCUAUAGGUGGCACCGGUCCAGAAUCCGACCAAGGUUGGGGAUGCAUGUUACGUUGUGCGCAAAUGCUCCUCAGUGAAGUCCUGCUACGACGGCAUAUCGGGCGGGACUACGAAUGGAAGGAAGGUACUCCUCCUUCAGGCGAUUACGAGCGCAUUCUUCGAAUGUUUUUGGACGAGAAAACAGCUCUAUACUCAAUCCAUCAAAUAGCACAAAUGGGUGUUUCGGAAGGAAAAUCGGUAGGGGAGUGGUUUGGACCAAAUACCGCAGCUCAGGUUAUAAAAAAGCUAGCAGUCUUUGAUUCUUGGUCAGGAAUUGCUGUUCAUGUAGCUCUUGACAACAUUCUUGUAUCAAGUGACGUACGCACUAUAGCUACGUUAGCACCUCCGAAGGAUGCCAUAAAGCUCAUCACAGAAGAGAAGAAUGUUGAUGAAUCUUACAUGACUCUGAUGAAUGAAACAACUACGUCGGAUGAUCAGAAAUGUGAUUGGCGACCUCUACUCUUACUUGUACCUUUGAGGCUGGGACUAACCAGUAUAAACCGAUGUUACCUUCCUGCUAUUGAGAAUUAUUUCAAACUUGAAUCUUGUGUUGGCAUCAUUGGUGGGCGUCCUAAUCACGCUCUAUAUUUUAUUGGAAUUGCUGGUGAAAAACUUGUAUAUCUUGAUCCACAUUAUUGUCGCCCUUCAAUAAUCGAGAAAUAUGGAAGCACUAGAUGGCUUGAGGAUGGAUUUGAAAGCCUGGAGAGUGUAGACAUUCCUCCUUCGGUUCCUAUCAAGGAUGAAGAUUUGGACGAUACAACUUUCCAUUGUAAAAUGCUGCUUCAUAUGGAUUAUGACCAGGUUGAUCCCUCGUUAGCGUUAGCAUUCUUUUGUGAGUCGGCUGAUGCUUUUGAGAGACUAAGUCGGGACUUGCGGGAGCAUGUUUUCCCUUCCUCAAAACCACCAAUCUUCGAGCAGAUGGAAACUCGUCCAAAAUAUUGGCCUCCAUUUGAACCGUACACCGGUGUGAAAGCCAAGAUUGAGAUGAAAGAGUUCGAUGAUAUGUGCGCACCGAAUUAUGUCAUUGAUGACGGUUUUGAAGUUCUGGAAGAGACUGAAGAUCCACUUACCGAUCUAACAGAAGAGGUUUUGGAGAGCUGAUGCCAGAGUGGACUUCUCUGAAUCAAAAUGUGACCGGAUCACAAGAUAUCUUACAUUAAAGGAAGAAUCUAACUAUGAAAGCUUAUUAAUGCUUACUGCUCAUCAUAUGAAUUUGUACUGUCUAUACUAACUUUGUUUUAUGAUUUUCAUGCUUGCUAUGGCAUCUUCGGGUACAAAUACAUAUUCUUAUGAUGACUUGG